CUAGAUUUGCGGAAUUUCAAGGUCGACCUUUUGAAAUCAUGAGUCUUCUGCGGGAAGGUUAUGGCGAUGUUAAUAGAGCAUUUCUUCAGGGCGUCAUGUCUCGUAGAGUUAUGAAGGUUGAUGAUAUCAAGAUUCUUCUGGCCGAGAUAUUGUCCGCGGAUGAUGCGGAGCACGAAAUAGGCACUGAAGACAUAAACGAUCGCAUAGUUUCAUCAUACAUUUCUAAGGCCAAUGACAUGAUUCACGACUUUGACCUCGAAAUCAAGAUUAUGUUGGACCAGAGGGAUCGCUCAAAGACAUUUGCUUUGAUCAACACGACAUCUGACGAACUCGUCCAGCUGGCUACAACCCACAACGCAGAUGAAAUCGCUUUCUUCAAGAGGGUCCUCGACGCAAUCUUUGAGACUAAUAACACUCGUGAUGCAGAGGUUUUGGCAGUCCACGACUUUGCUGCUGUAAGAUUACACAAGAAUCCGCAGCAGGGGGGAACUUCUCAGGCCACACAAGGCCCUGCUAGUCAGAGUGUUAGCGGGUUGACUAUGGUUGGGGCAGAGGCGGCGUUGAGAAGUUUCGUUGAUGAGGGGUGGCUGGAGUGUUCUAAGGCAGGCUUCUAUUCUCUCACGACCCGAGCAGUUCUGGAACUCGGCCCUUAUCUAUUCCAAACGUACAAUACACCUGCGGACGAAGAUGACGAGCAAGAAGACGACGGGUCUUCCACCAAUGGUAUUAUUGAAAGGAUCAAAACAUGUCAUGCAUGCCGAGAGAUUGUAACCAUAGGCCUUCGCUGCAUAGAUAAACACUGCAAACUUCGACUCCAUACUCCCUGCGCUGAAGGUAUCUUCCGUCCCAACCGCACGCACGAAUGCCCGCGUUGCAAGAAGGAGUGGAGUGGCGGGUUGCCUGUUGGCGAAGAGGCAGAUAGGGGCCAGAGAAGACCCAGAGGGAAUAGGCAGUCAAACGUUGGCACAACUCCGCGUUCGAGAGUUAACAGUGUUCCACACCCAACGUCCACGAGGCCAGUCAUGAGGGGCGCAAGGGACACACCUAUCGAAGAGGACAGCCAAGAGGAGGAACAGGACGCGCUAGGGGAGCGCAAUGAUGAUCAUGAUGUAGAAAUGACGGGGUAACGGCUUGAUGACCCUUUUUUGUCUCUUUCUCUCUUUUGCUCUACCUGCGUCGGCCGGGGGGAGUUUUGUCUUCUUGCUCUGGCGUAUUGGAGUUUGUAAUUUUUAGCAGCAGUGGAAAAUACUUGGCUUGAGUAGUA